UGCCCAUGACAGAUAAUGAGCAGCAAGUGUUUCUGGCGGCUUAGGGUGGUGCGAAAUCACUCUGGAAAUCCUGCUCCUCCUCAGGUCCUGGCAGUUUCAGGGCCCCUCCCUAGGCCUUACUUAAAAGGCUGAGGCAUCCUUGGAGGAGCAGGCAGACUCCACAGCUUUCACCAGGAGAAAGGAGCAUUCUGAGGGGAGUCUACACCCUGUGGAGCUCAAGAUGGUCCUGAGUGGGGCGCUGUGCUUCCGAAUGAAGGACUCGGCAUUGAAGGUGCUUUAUCUGCAUAAUAACCAGCUUCUAGCUGGAGGGCUGCAUGCAGGGAAGGUCAUUAAAGGUGAAGAGAUCAGUGUGGUCCCCAAUCGAUGGCUGGAUGCCAGCCUGUCCCCUGUUAUCCUGGGCGUCCAGGGUGGGAGCCAGUGCCUGUCCUGUGGGGCAGGGCAGGAGCCAACUCUAACACUCGAGCCAGUGAACAUCAUGGAGCUCUACACCGGUGCCAAGGAAUCCAAGAGCUUCACCUUCUACCGGCGGGAGUUGGGGCUCACCUCCAGCUUCGAGUCAGCUGCCUACCCUGGCUGGUUCCUGUGCACGAUGCCUGAAGCUGACCAGCCUGUCAGACUCACCCAGCUUCUUGAGAAUGCUGGCUGGGAUGCCCCUAUCACAGACUUCUACUUCCAGCAGUGUGACUAGAGCAACAUGCCCCCCAGAACUCCCUGGGCAGAGCCAGCUCAGGUGACGGGUGAGUGGAGGAGACCCAUGGCAGAUGACUACUCUCUGCUCCGAAGACCCCCACCUUUGACUCACUGGUCACACAGCCACCUUCUCUUCUGAUUCCCCGUUUGGGUAAAAUCUGAGAUUUGGAACUCAGUCCACAGUCCCCACUUGCUGGAUGGUACUACUGGCGUGGAACUUUGUAAAAACCACAUGGGGUAAACUAGGAAUAACAUGAAAAGAUUUCUAUGGCGGUGGGGUGAGAGAGUGAUGGGAAUCAUUCCUGCUUAAUGGUAACUGACCAGUGUUACCCUGAGCCCUGCAGGCCAAACCAUUCCCAUAUAGGGUCACUAGCUCUCCACAUGAUGUCCUGUGCAGGAGAGGGAGGUGGUCAGAGAGUUAGGGACCCACAGCCCCGUCCCCUUCUGUAUAAUCCUGCCACUGUCAUACGUUACCUUUUCUAUCUCUACCCUCAUCCACUCACCGUGGGCAUGAAGAGGUGGUGAUGUCAGAGGAAAUGGCUUCAGCUCAGAAGAUAGAAGAUGAGCAGAGCAUGCCGAUCCUUUUUUAAAAACCUAAAGUACAAGAAAAAUCCCAGAUGCUGGUCUCUAUCCCCAUGAAAAAGUGUUCAUGACAUAUGAAAAGAGCAACUUACAAAGUGGCAUAUAUUAUAAUUAAUUUUAAUUUUUUUGAGAUGGAGUUUCACUCUGUUGCCCAGGCUGAAGUGCAGUGGUUUGAUCUUGGCUCCCUGCAACCUCUGUCUCCCAGGUUCAAGCAAUUCUCUUGUCUCAACCUCCUGAGUAGCUGGGAUUACAGGUAGGUUAGUAGAGAUGGGGUUUCACCAUGUUGGUUAGGCUGGUCUCAAACUCCUGACCUCGUGAUCCACCCACCUCAGCUUCCCAAAGCGCUGAGAUUACAGGUUUGAGCCACUGUGCCCCUCUAUUUUAAUUUUUUAAAAUACCUGUUUAUAUAUUUCUUCAUAGAAAAAAGUUUGGAAGAGUUUACUUCAACUGUAGCAAUGUCAGGGUGGUGGCAGCAUAGGUGAUUUUUCUUUUUAUUCUUUCAAUUUAUCUGUAUUUCCUAAUUUUUCUACAAUGAAGCUCAGUUGCUUGCAUAAUAAUAAAAAAGAAAUUAAUCUCGAGGUAAACAGAGCAGACAUCAUCUCUGAUUUUCCUCAGCCUCCACUUCCCCAGAGUUAAAUUCAAAUUGAAUCAAGCUCUGCUGUUCUGGUUGGUUGUAGUAGAGAUCAGGAAACAGAUCUCAGCAAAGCCACUAAGGAGAAAGCUGUGAUGAGUUUGUGUGGCUGGAAUCUCCUGGGUUAGUAACAAAGAACCAGAUCAUGUGGUAAUUCUUUCCUAGAAGGAUCACAGCCCCUUGGAUUCCAAGGCGUGGGGUCCAGCCUCUAAGAGGGUUGCCGUAUUAGUUGAAUUCACAUCCUUCUUGGAAUCUCGGUCGGUGACCUUAUUUGGAGAGAAGGUCUUUGCAGGUGCAGUUAGUUAAGACGAGGUCAUGCUGGUUGAAGAUAGACUUAAAUACAAUAUGACUAGUGUCUUUAUAUAAAAAAGGAGAGGACACAGAGACACAGAGGAGACACGGGGAAGAAAACUGUAAAGACAAAGGCAGAGAUUGGAGUUAUGCUGCCACAAGCCAAGAAACAUCAAAGACUGUGGCAACCACGAGAAGCUUGAAAGAGGCAAAGAAGGAUUCUUCCCUAGAGCCUUUAGUCUCCUGACUUCUAGCCUCCUGAAUGAAGAAAGAAUAAAUUUCAGCUGUUUUAUAAGCCACCAAUGAUAAUUGGUUAUGACAGCUCUAGACAACUAAUACAGCUGCUAAAAUGAUCCCUGUCUCCUUGUGUUCACAUCCUGUGUGUGUCCCCCCCGACAAUGUACCAUAGUUGUCUUUGUGAACAAAAGAAUAUGGCAGAAGUUAUGGCAUGCCACUUCCAAGAUUAGGUUAUAAAAGAUGUUGCAGCUUCUACCUGAGGUCUCUCUCUCUCUCUGUCCCCCACCAUCCCCAGUCUCUGUUGGCUCACUCGCUCUGGGGGAAGCUAGCUGCCAUGCUAUGAGCAGCCCUAUAAUUAGACUUACAUGGUAAAAAAUGAAGUCUCCUGUUCACAGCCACAUGAACGAACCUAGAAGCAGAUCCUCCAGUCCUGUCAGGCCCUCCAGUGACUGCAGCUCAGGUGACAGCUUGGCUACAGCCUCAUGAGAUGCUGGAGCAGGCUGCCUAGCUGAGCUGCUCCAGAUUCCUGCCCCUUAGAGACUCUGUGAGAUAAUAAAUGUUUGUUGUUUUAA